UCGAGCCGUGGCGCCUCGUAAGUACCCGGCUGCUCACCGGAGGCGCAGUAGCUGCAGCCGCCGACCCGAAGGCGCCCGUCCGCUGCCCGGUGCCCACCGGCCGGCCGCCCCCGCGGUGAGAGGGCCGCGAACCGGCCUCGGGCUCGCCUGCCCGGCUCGCGAGGGACUGGGCGGGAGUGACGACGGGAGCUGCGGGGCCACGGACGGGGUUCUGGGGCGGCGCGGGGGUCUGCGAGGGUGACAGAUGGCAGCGUCGCGGGCGACGGGACGGGGCUCCUCGCGGGUGACAGGGAGAGGAGGAGUGAGGUGACAGAUGACUUAGGCCACUGAGCUGCUCCUGAGGACCCAGCUUUGGUGGUCAGCAGCAACGACGCCACUCACACCUUCCUGAGGGCCCCACCAACACUGAGAGAAGCCACUCUGUGGGCUCCGUCCAUCCUUCUUGGCAGCGCACCCAUCAUGGAGGCCCCCGAGGUUCCCGUGGGCUCCCUGAUUGACUUCGGGACUGAGCCACCAACCUCCCCUUCCAUGGAGGCAGUUCCUCCAACAGUGCAGGAUGGAGAUGGCUCCCUGGAUGAUGGUGCAUCUGAGAGUGAGGCCACAGAGUCAGCGGACAGUGAGAAUGACAUGGGCGAGUCGCCCUCACACCCGUCCUGGGACCAGGACCACCGCUCCUCCUCUAAUGAGUCCUUCUCCUCCAACCAGAGUGCUGAGUCAGCCCCUGACGAGGAGACCCUGGCCCUCCGGGAAUUCAUGCGCAGCUAUGUGGAGAAGGUCUUCUCUGGAAGGGAGGACUUGGACCAGGAGGAGAAAGCCAAGUUUGGAGAAUACUGCAGCAGCAAGGAUGGGAAAGGUCGAGAGUGGUUUGCGCGCUAUGUCAGCGCCCAGGUGAGUGGCAGGAAGCAGAGGGGAACCAGGGGAUGCAUAACCAACUCCCAGUUCCUUCAUUUUCUCACAGUUCCACUGGCGGGGGUGGGGAGGAGCGGAGGGAAACAACACAGCAGAAGGCCAACAAGAGACAUGUGAGAAGGGCAUUUAGAUCAGGAGGGUGGCAGGGUUGGUGGGACACCUUGCUCCAGAGAGGAGUGAGGGGCUGUGUUGUCCACCAAGUUCCAGGCCAGCCUGGACCUCCUGCAUAGCUGGGAUGACAGACAUGCACCAUCACACCCAGCUUGUGACUGAGAUGGGGUCUCACUAACUUUUUUGCCCUGGCUGGACUCAACUUGCAUCUCUGCCUCCGUAGUAGCUGGGAUUACAUGUGUGAGCCACUGGCACCCAGCUAGAAAAGCUCGUGGGUUUUUUGUUUUGGUUUUGGUUUUUUCAGACAAGCAUAUGGGUUGUCUGUGUAUAUUUUUAUUAAAUAACACUGAUACUCAGUUUUUGCAAAAGAUAAUACAUUCAAGACAAUGAAAGUCAUGUAAA